AUGAAGAUCGGACGUCGGCGCGCCCAACUACUCCUAUUCCUCUUCUCCGCCGUUGCUCUUUGCGAGGCAUCGGCCGCUGCUGAACCUAGCGACCUUUCUGGAGGCAAAUUGGGUGAAGCUGUCGUUGCUCCUGGUGGCAAUUCUGGGAAAGCGUUCCCUGUGGGCACAGAACAUGCCCCGGUGGACGGAAAAGAUGGAAUGCCACAUGAUGGCCCCUUUGUUGAGACAAAUGCCGAGAGAACGAGGAAGAAGACGCAGAAUACCGGCGCUGAGGACGAGGUUCCCGUAGCAGAUUCAAAGUUCACUGAGUCUUACAAGGACCUCUCCACAGAUGGCGACCUGCCUCAGACAAAUGAUGCCGUCAUGGACGAGCGUAUCAAGUCAAACCCCGUUGAAGGGACUAGAGGCGUGGAGGGGGGCAUAUCUGGGAAAUCUAAAGAUUUGAGAAUCACCGAAAAGAGACCUGAUCCCCCGAAAGACGCAAGGCCUAUUCCGCACAGCGAAGUUGUCGGAAUGAAAGAAGCCGUUGGCGGUGAAGCAGUGCCUCCUACUGAUGAAGAGACGAAGAAAGGUCUCACGGUCCCAGAAGAUCUCCCCGAGAAACCGCACGAUAUUCCACAUCCUGAGAACCCGUCCUCCCCCAAAGACACCAUCCUCUCUUCUGAAAGCACCACCGGCCAACAAACCUCCGGUAAACCAAAAGACCACGAACCUGCCGUCAUCUCACCCAUGCACUCUCUCCUGCUAUCUUUCACCAUGAUUAUCUUCUCCGAGAUCGGUGACAAGACGUUCCUUGUCGCUGCUCUCAUGGCCAUGCGUCACCCUAGAGUGGUGGUUUUCACGGCCGCGUUUUCCGCCCUUAUUACAAUGACUGUUUUAUCCGCCAUACUGGGACACGCCGUUCCAACGUUAAUACCUAAGACACUGACGAACUUUGCAGCCGCCGGGUUGUUCUUGGUGUUUGGUGUGAAGAUGCUUUUGGAAGCCCGCUCAAUAUCUCCGGAUGAAGGCGUCAGUGAAGAGAUGAAGGAGGUGGAAAUGGAACUGGAAGAGAAAGAACAUCAGCAGGCAAGGAGGAUGUCGAGACAUCGGAGAAGAUCAUCCGCCAUAUCGCCUUAUGCUCUCGAAGCAGGCCGCGGCCCUGGAAGAAAGAACACAGACUCGCGACUCCCCUCACCACCCGAAUCUCCGGCCUCGUCUCGCGAUGGGUCGCCUGUGCGCCAAUCAUCCCUACAAAACAUUCUCGGUGGAAUUAACAAUCUCUGUUCACUCCUCCUUUCUCCGGCGUGGGUGCAGACUUUUGUCAUGACUUUCCUCGGAGAAUGGGGUGACCGCUCUCAGAUCGCCACCAUUGCCAUGGCGGCGGGCCAGGACUACUGGUGGGUUACGGCUGGGGCGCUGGUCGGGCAUGCUAUUUGUACGGGAGCCGCCGUCUUGGGAGGCAGAGCUAUCGCUGGGAAAGUCAGCUUGAGGACUGUUACAAUGGGCGGAGCGAUCGCAUUUUUGAUCGUGGUCACCUCCGUCUGUGUCUUGAGGUCCAUGGCAGAGUACAGCGGUCUCCCAGCUUUUCGGGACAGUGGAGGUCCAUCAAUUUCCUCGUCCGCUCGGUCCGACGCGCUGCGGUUGGGCAGUUGUGCUUUCAUCGAGCUGGCAUUGGUAUACAACAAGCGCGACAGCGAGGCCGGGGCCGGGACUCACUCUAAAUGA